AUGGCAAUCAUACUGAAGAACUAUUCUGGAGAAGAGUUUGAAAUCAACUAUGACAAACAUGUUAAGAUGAACAGGAAUUAUUGGGGACUCUCUACAAUGAAAAUAGAUGCCCAGGAUAUACACUCCAUAAAUAUGACUACUGACUGGAUUAUUUCAAAAGUUAAUGAAACUAUUAAUAAAAUAUCUCAGCAAAAGCAUGAUUACAAUCAAAUUUAUUUCUAUGAAAUCCUGAGAAUAAUAGAAGAGGAGGUGAAGUCUGCACACACUCAGAAAAGAUACACAUUUACAAGAAGAUAUGAAAUAGACUUAUCAUUGUGUUUAUUCCAAAGAGCAUCAGUAAAGUUUAAGGAGAUGCACAAGGCAUUCAAGAGGACAAAUGAUCCUGUAAACUAUCUUCAAAGCAAGAAAGAUGAGUUCUUCAUGAGCUUUAAGAUCUCUUAUCAAGGAGCAACUUCAGUUUAA